AUGAAAGAGCUGGACAAUGCCUCUGUAGGAGAACAACCGAAGCACCAAAACCAACUGCACCCACGUCAGGUACAUGCGGAGCCUAUUUUCGCAACACCCUUGAUGGAAACUUCAAAGGGUUUAAAUAAUAGUGCCUUUUCAGAAUCUUCGCAAGGCUACGAGGACGGGAGUACAUUUAAAGUGAUGAGUCUCCAGCACGUCCUUAACUUGCUUGAAGAAAUCCAAAACACCACAAAUUGGGAUAAACCGGUAUUUGACAAUCUUGUAUGCGCCAAUAAAGAUAUCGCACACAUGUUCAACUAUUUUGAAGAAUUCAAUGGAAUCAAUACAGAAAAGCGUGCGUCCUUCCAUGCCAAUGUAUGCGUCCAUAAAAAUGUCGCAUGCAUGUUCAAUUUGCUUGAAGAAAACAGAAAUAUCGUCACAGAAAGGCAUACGCAGUACGUCCGUCCUUGGCAAUCUCGCUUAUAUGUUACUGAUGCAUUCGAGCUGUCGAUUUUAAUAGAACAUUUAGCUGCAGUGCAUACGCUUCUUGAAUGGCCCUCGAUCAAGCGGCUAGUAAACUACAAGUAUGAUGUGGAAUAUAUGAGGGAUCUAGAGUUGAAGUGCGACUUGGGUUCUAUUUUAUGUGCUCAGGUCGAUAUUCCAUACACAAAUGACGAUAGAUUACCAGUCAACCACGACGUUUUAGAUGAGGGCGACUCUAAAGGAAAACAGUCCAAACAAGUCCAGACGCGAGAAACUCCGAAUGUACAAUAUUCCUCUGAUGAAAAUGCAGAAAUCGACGAACAUGGUUGGUUGCAACUAGAUGGUGGGACUGUUCAUCGAUACUAUAGAAAUUAUUUCGACCACAUGCAUAAGCUACACCCUUUUCUUUCGCAAAGUGCUUGGAUCAUGAAGCUGGAUAGUUUCAUCAAAAAGCACUCCCCGAAAACUGUGUUGUCGACAACAGACACUAAACUCUCAUGUUCUGGCAAAAAGUUCGAAUACGCCCACUCAGAUUCUGACGAAGAUUUUCAUGGUAUCCGAUGGGACUCAGUUGGCCUAUUUCAUGCAUCUCUAAGGGUGCCUGUCGACUAUGAUGUUGGAGAUGCUGUCGUUCUUCUUGUUCUCGCCCUUGGUGCUAUGUGCGAAUCCAAAUUUUCAUUUCCUGGCCAUACUGUGGAUGAAAAGGUCAUCUUUAACCACCAAGAUAUCCCUUGCGUCCCAAAUUCCUUGAAGAAAACACCAUCUAAGAACGACAGACACGUCACCAAUAGUGUCAACUCUACACAUUCCAAGUCUGGAUUUAUUACCCCGAUUGCAUCCUCUUUCGACAAUACAUCUCGAUUCAUUGGCCCUUCCUGCUCGCUUUCGAUUUUUACAUCGGAGCAGGAGGAAGAUUCUAGCAAAAGGAAAACUUCUUGCCCUGACAAUCAUUUUGAACAUAAACGGAGUUUGCAUGUCAUUCCAGGCUUGGCUCUUUAUGGGUUUGCUUCUCGGAUUCUUGCUGGUCUUCAUGGUGGAAUCGGGCUAGAGUUUGCACAGGCGAGGUUACUUGCUGGUCUGUAUGCCGGCCACUUGGCACGCCCCAUGCAUGCCCAUGGAUGGAUUUCCCAGGCUGCCUACACGUGUCAGACAAUUCUUCGUAUGAAAAGGUAUGGGACAUUGGAAGAGGGGGCCUCCAAAGACCUGUUUGAAUUUGCUUACUGGACUUGUCUUCAAUUGGAGAGUGAAUUUUUCUGGGACGUCGAUCUUCCAGCCACUGGUAUAUCUGAGGUCGAAAGUGAGAUACCAAAUGGGCGCUAUACGAUGGCUUUCCAUGAUGAGCCGUCUGUACAGAGGAUGGUCAUGAUCAUGCCGUUCUAUUCUGCCCAGGUCCACUUAUAUGGUACCCUCCAGCGUGUCUACCAAGACUUUUAUAGGGAUGCAAGUUAUGACAAAAUUACAUGGUCAUCCAUGGCUCAAGAAGGACAUAGCAUGAGCCUCGAUCUAUGGCGCAUGGGCCUCCCAGACAUCAUCAAGUGGGAUGAUACAGAUCCACCCGCUACUGAUAUCAAUGCUGCUCGCAUGCGUGCUACGUAUUAUAGCACUAUGUAUAUCAUUCGCCGCCCAUUGCUCUAUAGCAUUCUACACUAUGAGAAACUAGGCCCACAUUUUGGUUCGGACAACUGGACUCCGCCUAAUGGUAGCCUGAGAGAACUCCCCGAGAAGCUCCACCAUGCAUGCCGAGUCUGCAUAGAAUCUGCUAUCUUGAACACGGAGGCAUUCGAUGGAAUUGAGGGUAGACUUCUGAUCCCUAACAUCUUCAGUCUCGCUCAUACGCAAUUUGGAAACAUGCUCGUCCUUUCCGCGACCUAUACCUCCAGUCUUUCUGAGCUUAUCGAGCGAGACGUCCUCAGGCGUCUCCUCAAACGCACAAUUCAGUUCCUCCUGCGCAAUGGAAACAACUCUCCUGCACUGCAGGCUGAUGCACAAAUACUGAUCGAGAUUUACGAGAAGAUCUUUGAAUCAUCUUCUGAAAAUCCUUGA